UCAGAUUCCGUGAUCUGUACAGUUCAACGUAGAAGAAUCACAAAGCCAGUUGUUCAUCAUGUUUUGUUGCAUGGUGAUGAGGAUCAACAUUGACUGCAACGGUUGUUACAGAAAAGUAAGGAAAGCACUUCUUGAAUUACAUGAGUUGGAGGAUCAUUUGAUAGAAAAGAAGCAGAGCAGGGUUAGUGUGUGUGGGAGAUUCAGCCCGAAAGAAAUAGCGAUCAAGAUAAGGAACAAGACCAAUCGCAGGGUUGAGAUAUUGGACAUCCAGGAGUAUUUCACGGCCGCUGCCGAUGACAACGUCAUUGAAAACCAACAUCAUCAUGACCAGAAACCCUUGAGCAGUUCUCGGAAUCUUGAAUCUGUCCGCAACCAGAUUGAAACAAGUGCUGCUAUUGCGUAAGAUCAGACACACGUAUAUAUAGAGUUCAACUUAUGCAGCUGCUGUGUAGA